GUGCAAUACGGGGCACAAUACUUGUCCCCGCCAGAUCUUCGGCCUUUCAACCACGACGAGAUCACUGCACCACAUCACGGCUGCGGAAUAGGACAAACAGGCCAUUUGCCUGGUCUCAUGGAGUCUCGUUGAAACUAUGGAGUAGCAUGUCUCGUGUCUGGCCGACCUGCCUCCAUCAUCAUGGCCCAUGUCGCAACUGUCAGCUUUGGCGCCGAACUCAAAGACGGCUACAAGGCUGUCGACAAUUGGGUCGGUCUCGGCAUCAACUGGCUCACCGAAAUCCAAGAAUUCUACCAAGAGCGGUCCGCGAUCGAGAAAGAAUACAGUCAGAAGUUGACUGCAUUGGCCAAAAAAUACUAUGACAAGAAAUCAAAACGGUCUAGCAAUCUGAGUGUUGGAGACAAUCCUGCCCUGACGCCAGGUUCUUUGGAAGCGGCGUCUCUCACCACAUGGACGACGCAACUGUCAACAUUGGAAGCCAGGGCGAAUGAACACGGCAAAUUUGCGCAAGAUCUGAUAAGCCAGGUUGCGACACCGCUGGAGUAUAACGCAAGAAAACUCGAAGAGCUGAGGAAAAGCCAUGGGGAAUACAACAAUAAGCUGAUCAAGGAACGAGAUUCGUCCUAUGGCGAAUUGAAGAAGCUGAAAACAAAGUAUGACAGCGUAUGUCAAGAGGUGGAAAAUCGAAGAAGGAAAGCAGAAUCUGGGUUCGACAAAGCUAAGGCUCAAAAUGCGUACAACCAGCAAAUCAUGGAGAUGAACAAUGUCAAGAACACUUAUUUGAUUGGAAUUCAUGUGACGAACAAGCUGAAGGAAUGCUACUAUCACGAAUAUGUUCCGGAGCUUCUGGACUCAUUACAGGACCUGAAUGAAACGAGGGUGUCGAAAUUGAACUCUUUAUGGUUGGUGGCGACAACCCUCGAGACGAACACCCUCAAACGAAGUAUUGACCAUCUAUCACAUCUGGCAUCAGAAAUACCUAGAAACAAUCCUAGUCUCGACAGCAACAUGUUUGUUCGACACAACGCUGUACAAUGGCAGGAACCAUCCGACAUGGCAUUCGAACCAUCUCCGGUCUGGCUGGAUUCUGACAACAUGAUGACGGAUGAGACGUCGAAGAUCUUUUUGCGCAACAUCUUGCAGAAGAGCAAACCUCUUGUUAGCCAGCUCAAGACUGAUUCUGCACAAAAACGCCGCGACCUCGAGAAUGUCAAGAAAGCUAGACAGAAUAUUCGAGAAGGCAAAGACAAGCGCGAUGAAGUCUUGUGUGUGGUCUCACAGUUUAACGUGCAGGAAGAAUUACACGCAAUCGAUCGAAAACGAUUGACUGCCGAAGUCGAGACGUCGACCAUAACAUCCGUGGUAGGCGACCUCAGUAUGUAUGGAAAGAGUCAUGCAUUCAAAUCGGAAACAUUCAAAAUCCCUACAAACUGUGAUCUUUGUGGAGAUCGAAUAUGGGGUCUCAGCGCCAAAGGCUUCAUUUGCACUGAUUGUGGAUUUACAUGUCAUAGCAAAUGCCAGAUGAAAGUCCCUGCCGAUUGUCCUGGUGAACAGACCAAGGAAGAAAAGAAGAAACUGAAGAUAGAGCGACAAGCAGCAGCGUCUGUGGCCGUCGAAGCUCCAGUCCCCAACGGUCAAAACUCGGCUCCGACGCUGACCAGGCAGGAUACAAUGAGCAGCCUCUCGUCCGGCUAUGCGGCGAGCGCCACACGCUCUGUCUCCGGGACCAUUCCAAGAUCCACGGGCGAAGAAUUGAGCUCCCCCUUGACUACGAUAACCUCGAGCUCCGCCUCAACCUCUGGGGCUCGGCGGAACCGGAUAGUUGCUCCUCCGCCCACCACUUAUGUAAGCGCACCUUCGGAUUCGGCUCUGAAUGGGAGUGGCCAGAAAAGGGGUAAAAUGUUGUAUGCCUACGAGGCAAGGGACGACGGUGAAAUCUCUCUGCCCGAAGGUACGGAAUUCAAGAUUGUGGAACCCGAUGAUGGUGGCUGGACAAAAGUCCACGCCGGCAUGGGUAAAGAAGGCCUGGUACCGACGGCUUACCUCGAAGAGUUACCUACGCCUGCGAGCACGCCGGCCCAGGAACGGCCGCCGUCACUGUAUUCGAAUUCGAGUGCGUCGCUGGCGUCUUCCAACAUGGCGAGUGCCGGCAGGAAGAAGCAAGGUCCCGCGGUGGCGCCCAAACGCGGAGCCAAAAAGGUGAAGUACGUGGAGGCGUUGUAUCCUUAUACUGCUCAGAGUGACGCCGAGUUCGACAUGGCCGAAGGCGAAAAGUUCAUCUUGAUCAGCAUGGGCGGCGGUGAUGGAUGGGCAGAUGUCGAAAAGAAUGGUGAGACGAGAAGUGUCCCGGCGAAUUACAUACAAGAGAUCUAGAUGAUAGAACCUUGUUUCUGAGAGCGAGCAUAUCACUACUACUUGGUACAACGUCCGACGUCUUUGGUCUCUCCUUUUUUUUGGACCGCCUUUACAGCCAUGUUGCCUAGAAUGAC